UCCGGGUUGGGCGGUGUUUAUUUACCUCGCCCCGUGUGGUGACGUCGUGCCGCUCGCGUGUGACGUCACGAGCGCUCCGGGGCGCGCGGGCCCGGCUCCAUGGCAGAGCAGCAGAGGUGGCAGUGGCUCCUGAGGCUGGUCCAAGAGGGAAACCUGGAUGUGCUGUGCAUUUCCUGAGGGAAAAAUUCCCAUUUUUCUGCAUGCCCAGCUCCAUGGCAGAGCAGCAGAGGCGGCGGCGGCUCCUGAGGCUGGUCCAGGAGGGGAACCUGGAUCUGCUGCGGGCCGAGCUGAGGCCGGAUGAGCUCCCAGAGGCUCGCAGCUGGCGCUGGGGACGUCUGGGCGAUUCCCUGCUGCACCACGCGGCUCGGGCGGGGCACGGGCGCCUGCUGGAAUUCCUGAUCCACGAGGUCGGGAUGGACACGGAGGUGGCCAACGGGGACUACAAGAGACCCAUCCAUGAGGCUGCUUCCAUGGGCCACCAGGAGUGCGUGGCGUUCCUCCUGGAGAGAGGGGCGAGCGUGGACUGCUUGAAAAAGGCUGACUGGACUCCCCUGAUGAUGGCUUGCACCAGGAAAAACCUGGAAGUGAUCCGAACUCUGGUGGAGCACGGAGCCAACCCUUUGCUGAGGAAUAAGGAUGGCUGGAAUUGCUUCCACGUUGCCAGCAGGGAAGGACAUCCCGAGGUGCUCCGGUACCUCCUGGAUGUGUGCCCGAGCUGCUGGGACACGGAGAGCAGCACGGGGAGAACCCCUCUGCACACGGCAGCGAUGCACGGCCGUUCCCAGGCGGUGGAGCUGCUCCUGGAGCGGUGCGGGUACAGAGCCGACAGCAGGGACAGCUGUGGGGUGACCCCCUUCAUGGACGCCCUGCAGAACGGCCACGUCGGCAUCGCCCGGCUGCUCCUGCGCAGACACCGGGCCUGUCCCACGGCUGUGGAUGCCCUGGGUGCCCAGGCCCUGCACAGGGCGGCUGUGACGGCCCAGGACGGAUCCAUCCGCUUCCUGGUGUCCGAGCUGGGCGUGGACGUCAACGCCAGAGCCACGGCCCUGCAGCUGCCCGCCCUGCACUACGCCGCCAAGGAAGGACACGGACACACCAUCCUCACCCUGCUGUCCCUCGGUGCCGAUGUCCAAGCCAAGGAUGGGAAAGGCCGCUCUGCCCUGCACGCGGCCGGCGCCGGGCAGAGCGCCGAGGCCGCUGCCGUCCUGCUCCGCUCGGGCCUCCGGGACGCUCCGGAUACCUCGGGAACGCUGGCGCGGGAGCUGGCCAGGAACCCCGACGUCGUCCGGGUUUUUCGGGGCAGCGCGUGAGCCAGAGGAACGCGCUGCUGCGGGCCUGAGCUUCCCCCUUCUCCCUGAAACGGAACCAUCCGAGCAAAGUGCCGCUUCCAGGGAUCCUCACGGCUUUUCCUGGGAAUUCCCACACGCUCCUGGAGAAGAUCCGCCUGGAUCCAUUGGUUUUGCAGCU